AUGGCUUCCAAAAAUGACGGAGACCUCGUAGAGCAUUACAAAAAAUCUUUAGAAAUCAGCACUGCAAAUCGUGAUCCGUUAGGAAUAGCAAAUAACAAUGGGUAUUUAGGUGAUGCGUAUAUUAGCUUAGAAAACUAUAAGAUGGCCAUUGAGUAUUAUGAAAAAAGUUUGGAAAUGUCCACUGAAAUCGGCCAUUGGUUUGGAAUAGCAACAAGCAAUAUGAAGUUGGGCAAUGCAUAUCUUAAUUUAGCGCAAUAUGAAAAAGCAAUAACCUGUUGUGAAAAAAGCUUAGAAAUAAGCCUUAGAAUUCGUAAUCCAUCAGUAAUAGCAAAUUGUAAUUGCAUUUUGGGCAUUGUAUAUCGUUACAUGGGGAAGUAUAAAGAAGCUAUUAGCUAUUGCAAGAAAGCGUUAGAAAUAAGCACAGCUAUUGAUGAUCAGUCAGGGAUAGCAAACAAUAAUGAAAAUUUGGGCAUUACUUAUUUUAAGUUAGGUGAAUAUCAAAAUGCCCUUGACUGUUACAAGAAAAGUUUGGAAAUAAGCACUGCUAUUGGCAAUUGGUCAGUAAUAGCGAGUAACAAUGGAAAUUUGGGCGAUGCCUCUCAAGAGCUAGGAGAAAAUACAAAGGCCAUUUACUAUUACAAAAAGGUUUUAGAAAUAUGCACAGCUAUUGGCAAUCGGCCAGGAAUGGCAAAUCACAAUAGCAAUUUCGCAAGUGCCUAUUGUAGAUUAGGAGAUCAAGGUUUAGAAAUAAACACUGCUGUUGGUGAUCGGUUAGGAGCGGCAAGUAUCAAUGGCAAUUUGGCCAAAGCCUAUUAUAAUUUGGGAGAAUAUCAAAAAGCCACUAACUAUUACGAAAAAGGUUUAGAAAUAAGCACUGCCAUUGACAGUCUGUCAGGAGUGGCAAAGAACCUUUGCGGGUUGGGCAAUGUUUGUCGUAGUCUAGGAAAAUAUCAAAAAGCCAUUGACUAUUAUGAGAAAGGUUUAGAGAUAAGCACUAAUGUUGGCUACCGGCUAGCAACAGAAAUUAUCAAUAUCAAUUUGGGCCAUGCCUAUUGUAAUCUAGGAGAAUAUGAAAAAGCCAUUGACUGUUACGAAAAAGGUUUAGAAAUAAGCACUGCUAUUGGCAGUCGGUCAGGAGUGGCAAGAGAGCUUUGGAGUUUGGGCAACGUCUAUCUUAGUCUAGGAAAAUAUCAUAAAUCCAUUGACAAUUAUGAAAAAGGUUUAGAGAUAAGCACUGCUAUUGGCUAUCGGCCAGCAAUAGCAACUAUCAAUCGCAAUUUGGGCGACAACUAUUCUAAUCUAGGAGAAUAUGAAAAAGCCAUUGAAUAUUACGAAAAAAGUUUAAAAAUAAGCAUUGCUAUUGGCAAUAAAUCAGAAGUGGCAACAAACUUUUGCAAUUUGAGCAAUGCCUAUCUUAGACGAGAAAAAUAUGAAAAAGCCCUUGACUGUUGCAAAAAAGGUUUAGAAAUAAGCAAUUCUAUUGGCGAUCAGUCCACAACAGCGAUUAUCAAUGGGAAUUUGGGCGAUGUCUAUGUUGUUCUAGGGGAAUAUAAAAAAGCCAUUGACUGUUGCAAAAAAGGUUUAGAAAUAAGCACUUCUAUUGGCGAUCAGUCCACAACAGCGAAUAUCAAUGGCGCUUUGGGUAGUGCGUAUUCUAAUCUAGGAGAAUAUCAAAAAGCCAUUGACUAUUACGAAAAUGGUUUAGAAAUAAGCACUACUAUUGGCAAUCAGGCAGGAGUAGCAAAUAACACUACCAAUUUGAGCAAUGCCUAUCUUAGCCUAGGAGAAUUUCAAAAAGCCAUUGACUAUUGCAAAAACGGUUUGAAAAUAUGCACUGCUAUAGGCGAUCGGUCAGGAAUAGCAAAUAACAAUAGCAAUUUGGGCAAUGCCUACUUUCAAUUAGGAGAGUAUCAGAAGGCACGUGACUGUUACAAAACAGGUUUGGCAAUAAACACCGAUAUUGGCUGUCAGUUAGGAAUAGCAAAUAACAAUGGCAAUUUGGGCAAAGUCUAUCUUAAGCUAGGAGAAUAUCAAAAAGCCAUUGACUUUUACAAAAAGAGUUUAGGAAUAAGCACAGCAAUUGGUGAUCAGUCCGGAAUAGCAAGAAGCAACAGCAAUCUGGGUGAUGCCUAUCUUUUUUUAAAAGAAUAUGAAAAGGCAAUUGAGUUCUACACAAAAGGUUUAGAAAUAAGAACUACUAUUGGCGAUCAACAAGGAAUGGCAAAUGACAAUGGCAGUUUGGGCACUAGCUAUCAAAUUUUAAGAGAAUUUGAUAAGGCAAUUGUAUAUUACAAAAAAGGGUUAGAAAUAAGCACUGCUAUUGGCGCUAUGUCAAAAAUCGCAGAUAUUAAUAGCAAUUUGGGCAAUGUGUAUCGACGUUUAGGGGAGUAUGAAGUUGCAUCAUCAUACGUAGCAGAAUCAAUUAGCCACUUUGAUAGAAUCUUUUUAAAAUCGGUUCCAGAUCAAAAUAAAAUCUCUUUCAGAAAAAGGUAUUUCAAGUCCCAUGAAUUGUUAAUGAGUUGCUUCCUUUCGUUGGAGCGCAUUAAAUCAGCAUUAUUAGUUAUUGACCUUGGUAGGGCAAAAGAGCUCCAUUGUUGCAUUGAGAAACAUAAUAAUCCCGUGGACAAGGACAUGUUCUCUUAUGCACGUGUGAUAUGGAAUAGAAUCCAGGCCAGAGAAGAGCACACAGAAAUUGAAGAAAUGCAAAAAGCGCUCCACCUAGAUAAAAGUGAUGCCUCAAUUUUAGUAUUCGCGUUCGAUUUUAAAGGGCUUCUUAAUGUUUGGGUUUUAAAAGACGAAGUUAUUUUUAGAAAAUUAGAUGUAUGUUUAGAAACAUUUUUUUGGCUAACUAAAAGGGUAAAUGUUUCUGUUAAUCGAAAUUCUACGUUUUACAUGCUCGAUGCAGGUGCUAAUACUAAUAAUCAAAUUACUUUCCCCUUGGAAAUGCAAAGCGAAGAACUUGCAGCUAAAAAUUUAGUUGAAUACGGUGCUAAAUAUGAUGUUUUAAGUGAUCGCGAAAUUUUAGAAAAAUUGUUUCAACUUUUAGUUGAUCCUGUAAAGGAUCUCGUCAAUGGAAAUAAGCUUAUUGUUGUCCCUGACCAGCUAUUGUUUUUCGUUCCAUUUUCUUCGUUGGUUGACGAAAAUGGCUAUUAUUUGUCCAAUAGUUACAGUGUUCAAAUUACACCUUCACUGCACACCCUCAGAUGUAGCAUGGAACGAUCCAAUGACUCAAAUUUUGGUUUUGCGUUGUUUGUUGGUAAUCCAGCUGUUGGAAACGUUUCUUUAAAUGGGAAAGACUUUACACCCUAUGACUUACCUAAUGCCGCUGAAGAAGUUAAAUGUCUCUCCAAGCUUUUUCAGGCUACCCGUUUAUUAGGACAUGAAGCAAGAAAACAGGUCGUAUUGCAACUUUUAAGUGGGGCUAGUAUAAUCCAUAUCGCUGCCCAUGGCGAACCAAAACGAGGUGAAAUAAUGCUUGCUCCAAAUGCUUCUCAGGUGCAACCAUGUUUGUCUGUUCCCGAACCGGAGUCAUAUCUUCUCACGCAGAAAGAUAUUAUGAAUGUUUCUGUGCAAGCUUCCUUGGUAGUUUUAUGUUGUUGUCAUACCGGGCAAGGUGAAAUUACUUCAGAAGGUGUCAUAGGUAUAACUCGAGCAUUUCUUGCAGCCGGAACGCGCUGUGUUCUUGCCACACUAUGGUCCAUUGACGAUAAUGCCACAAAGGAGUUUAUGGAAAAAUUCUAUGGCGAACUUUGUCAAGAAACAUCAGUUUGUGAAUCUUUAAGAAAGACAAUGAACUUCUUCCAGAAACACGAAAAAGAGGAGUACCAAUCCAGAAGGAUCUGGGCUCCAUUUACUAUCUAUGGGGAAGACGUGAAUUUUCGAAAAAAUGAGAUUGAAUCAAUAAGAAAAAAAUCACGUGAAAUGUUUUCUGAUUUCGUUAUACUACCUUAA